AUGGAUGAAGCGAGUUUGUCUUCUACGAACAAGAAUGACGAUGUGACCGCGGCAACAACGAUGUUACAAGACUUGCGCCUAUCUCAGGCCCAAGGCACGUCAUCAGCAGGCGCAGUCAAGAUCAGCCCUCUCAAUCAGUUUCUGAUGGAUAAUGAAGAAGCCCGCGUCGAGAUUCAAGAGCACAUUUCCACGAGGAAUAAGACCGAGAUGUGUUUUGGAUGCUGGCAUGUCGAAUCUGGUGGGAUGUGGCCUGCUGAGUCCCGUCGAGUAAUGGAGCGCACGAAUCACGGACAAGAGGAACGGAAUCACUGUUGGGGCGAGUAUUUCGUCGGUGAAGAAAUGUUAAAAGAGUUGGUCGAGAACUACUAUCGGACCACUAUCUUCACAGAUGUGGUUGCUUACGACAGGGACUCUCGGUUCGAUAUAUCGGAAGGAUUCAUCAAAGGAACGGACUGGCGGGGGCUUAAGCUUCCCAUCUGCGACAUGGUCACUCAACUGGAUUCGGCAUGGUUCCCUGAUGGUGGCGCUCUCUCAGAGCAGACGAUAAGCGCCGUACUGGGCUACCGGCCGCUUGCUCAGAAAUUGACUGAAGCUGGCAUGUGGACCCGGGUUGUCCGUGGAGGGAGCGAAACGUUCGAAGUUAUACCUCCCUCCAAGGACUGCUCUUAUGAGCGCUGGGCAGAAAAGCUGAAUGCUUACGUAGUACAGGAGUGA